GAGCACAGCUUGCUCCUGAAUCUCAUUUUUCACAUGUCUGCUGCGCUCAGUACCAGCUCUGUCAGAGGAAAGGAGGCGCUUCCUGUUAUUCUGAUUCAAACCUCAAGCUGGAUAGGAGGGAACAGGCAGCUGUGCUGAGUGGCAGGGUGUGCAACCAUGGAGGGCCGGUGUCUGCCACUGCAGCUUUUUCUGCUUGUCGUUACGGUGGCUAUUAGGCUUGAUGCUCAUUCAUGGACAACACUGACUCCCCCAAAUGCCACCAUCUCUUUGGAAGAAGGGUUGAAGAACACAACAUUCAACAGUUCAAUGGAAACCAGUGAAGAUGAGAAUUACAGUGUCAACGCAGAAAACUGCUGGAAAUUCUUUGUCCACCAGAUGGCUAACGUCAGCAAAGUGCACUGGUGUGAGUGGAGAGCAGUUAGCAGACCAUACAGUGAACUGCGACGCUGCCUGGAAGACUGGGCUGAUAAGCUGAACGUUGGCUAUCCCAAUACCUUGGCUGAGAACUACAUUGUCUACAGUCACCGCUUGUACUUCCGGAACUGCACCAUGGAACACCCACCCCUUCUGGACCCCCCUGAAAAUGUUUUGCUCCCCCUCAUCAUAACUCCCAUCUGUCUCAUCCCUUUCCUGGUCAUGCUUGUUGUGCUGAAGAGCAAGGAUGGGGAGAUGCAGUCAUGAGUCCAUACCUUCAUUUACUGACAUCGUAGUGCCCUCAUGGCCUAGCACCUUGCAAUGCAAUGCUGUUGCAUUUCUUACCUCUUGACUAUCAUGGUUUGCCCCCUCUCACUCUAAGAUCACAACCUGGCAUGAACCACUAGACUAGAAACUGAAGGUUUUGAAUACUGAGAAUAUCAGAGCACCUCACAACUUGUAUUAAAUGAGAUGGCACAGAAACCCUGUCCUCAGUCAUACAAGUAAAUGUAGUUACAUGUUCACAGCAGGCUUAAACCAGCUUGAAAGUGGCAUAGCUCAUGCUCAUUCUGAAGGAAUUCUGGGAACUGUAGUGCUACAGGGCUGCUGGAAACUUUUGGUGUAAACUUUCUAGACCAGGGGUCUCAAACUCGUGGCCCGCGGGCCAAUUGCUGGGAUGGGUG